GCGCAGGGGGCGGAGAGAGCGAGCGGCGAGCGGCGGUGGGGCGGCGCGGGGCGGUGCGGGGCGGAGGGCGCCCGAGGGCGAGCGGGCGGGCGGGCACGGCGGGUUCCGGGCCAGCCCCGGGGGCGGACGGUUGGCCGGGCUCGCGGAGCCUAGCCGAGGCCUUGCCGGAGCUGGGCCGGGCUGCAGGGGCCGUCGCCGCCCGGGCCCGCCGCCCGCGCCCCCCACGCUGGCCCAGAGGGCUGCGGCCGCGUCGCCGCUGAGGAUGUCCCGGAAGGGGCCGCGAGCGGAGGUGUGUGCGGACUGCAGCGCCCCGGACCCCGGCUGGGCCUCCAUCAGCAGGGGUGUGCUGGUGUGUGACGAGUGCUGCAGCGUGCACCGGAGCCUGGGACGCCACAUCUCCAUCGUCAAGCACCUUCGCCACAGCGCCUGGCCCCCCACUCUGCUGCAGAUGGUGCACACACUCGCCAGCAACGGGGCCAACUCCAUCUGGGAGCAUUCCCUGCUGGACCCCGCGCAGGUGCAGAGCGGCCGGCGCAAAGCCAACCCCCAAGACAAAGUCCACCCCAUCAAGUCAGAGUUCAUCAGAGCCAAGUACCAGAUGCUGGCUUUUGUGCACAAGCUGCCCUGCCGGGACGACGACGGAGUCACCGCCAAGGACCUCAGCAAGCAACUCCACUCGAGCGUGCGGACGGGAAACCUGGAGACGUGUCUGCGCCUGCUGUCCCUGGGUGCCCAGGCCAACUUCUUCCACCCAGAGAAGGGCACCACACCGCUGCACGUGGCUGCCAAGGCAGGGCAGACGCUGCAGGCCGAGCUUCUCGUAGUGUACGGGGCUGACCCUGGCUCCCCUGAUGUUAACGGCCGCACACCCAUUGACUAUGCCAGGCAGGCGGGGCACCAUGAGCUGGCGGAAAGGCUAGUCGAGUGCCAGUAUGAGCUCACUGACCGGUUGGCCUUCUAUCUCUGUGGACGCAAGCCGGAUCACAGGAAUGGGCAUUACAUCAUCCCACAGAUGGCGGACAGAAGCCAGUGUGGCCAGAUGGGGAUGGUCAGACCUGGGCACCUCGGAUCCCUGAACGCCCAGAUCUUCUCUCUUCUGAGACCCCAAGACUCCCCGCUACUUUUCUGCUUAGACCUGUCCGAGUUGGCCAAAGCUGCCAAGAAGAAGCUGCAGGCGCUCAGCAACCGGCUUUUUGAGGAACUUGCCAUGGACGUGUAUGACGAGGUGGAUCGAAGAGAAAAUGACGCUGUGUGGCUGGCGACCCAAAACCACAGCACCCUGGUGACGGAGCGCAGUGCCGUACCCUUCCUGCCCGUUAACCCUGAAUACUCAGCCACGCGGAAUCAGGGGCGACAGAAGUUGGCCCGCUUUAAUGCCCGAGAGUUUGCCACCUUGAUCAUCGACAUUCUCAGUGAGGCCAAGCGGAGACAGCAGGGCAAGAGCCUGAGCAGCCCCACAGACAACCUCGAGCUGUCUGUGCGGAGCCAGAGUGACCUGGACGACCAGCACGACUACGACAGCGUGGCCUCGGACGAGGACACAGACCAGGAACCCCUGCGCAGCGCCGGUGCCACCCGGAACAACCGUGCUCGGAGCAUGGACUCCUCAGACCUGUCGGACGGGGCCGUGACACUGCAGGAGUACCUGGAGCUCAAGAAGGCCCUGGCCGCCUCCGAGGCAAAGGUGCAGCAGCUCAUGAAAGUCAACAGCAGCUUGAGUGAUGAGCUCCGGAGGCUGCAGCGGGAGAUCCACAAGCUGCAGACCGAGAACUUGCAGAUCCGGCAGCCGCCGGGGCCAGUGCCCACAGCCCCUCUCCCCAGCGAACGAGCGGAGCACGCGCCCAUGGGGCCUGGCGGGAGCACCCACCGCAGGGACCGCCAGGCCUUCUCCAUGUAUGAACCGGGCUCUGCCCUGAAGCCCUUUGGAGGCCCACCUGGGGAUGAACUCACCACCCGGCUCCAGCCUUUCCACAGCACCGAGCUGGAGGAUGACGCCAUCUAUUCAGUGCACGUCCCUGCUGGCCUUUACCGGGUCCGGAAGGGGGUGUCGGCCUCAGCUGUGCCCUUCACUCCCUCCUCCCCACUGCUGUCGUGCUCCCAGGAAGGAAGCCGCCACACGAGCAAGCUUUCCCGCCAUGGCAGUGGCGCAGACAGUGACUAUGAGAACACGCAAAGUGGGGACCCACUGCUGGGCCUGGAAGGGAAGAGGUUUCUAGAGCUGGGCAAGGAAGAGGACUUCCACCCGGAGUUGGAAAGCCUGGAUGGAGACCUCGACCCUGGGCUUCCCAGCACAGAGGACGUCAUCCUGAAGACGGAGCAGGUCACCAAGAACAUUCAGGAAUUAUUGCGGGCUGCCCAGGAAUUCAAGCAUGACAGCUUUGUGCCCUGCUCAGAAAAGAUCCAUUUGGCUGUGACUGAGAUGGCCUCUCUCUUCCCAAAGAGGCCAGCCCUGGAGCCAGUGCGCAGCUCCCUGCGGUUGCUCAACGCCAGCGCCUACCGGCUGCAGAGCGAGUGCCGGAAGACAGUGCCCCCGGAGCCUGGCGCCCCUGUGGACUUCCAGCUGCUGACUCAGCAGGUGAUCCAGUGCGCCUACGACAUCGCCAAGGCUGCCAAGCAGCUGGUCACCAUCACCACCCGAGAGAAGAAGCAGUGACCACUCUCCCUGCACCCUCACCCGCACCCUGGGACCUCACUGGCCAUGGGAGCUGGGCCACUCCAGAUACUAAUCCCCACCCCAACAGAGCCGCUGGCACAAGUGCCCUUAGUGCUGCCACUCUCACCUGGCAGCCAGGUGCCCUGGUGCCCGUCCCCCUUGAGCCCCCAAGGAUGGGGAGAUGAGGUGGCAGGAGCUUCUGUCCCCUACAUUCCAUGCACCUCUCCCUGUACAUAGCAUCCCCUCCCCCUCUAGUGUGCCGGGGCCUGCAAGGCGUCACUCCCAGCCCCUUGCCCUCUGGGGCACCCUCAGCAAAGGGUUGGGUGGGGACACUCCAAAUGGGGUGGUUCCCUUACAUGCACCCCACCCCCAUGAGCCAGUCCAGCCCUAUUGGGGGCUGAGCGGGGGCAUCCCCCCUUGUACAUAAUACCUGUGGAUGUCCCCACCCUGUAGCCACCAGCCCCCUGCUGCUCUCCUUCAAUGCCAAACGGCCCCAGCCUAGGGCACAGGCCCCAACCUGUGUUCCUGGGGUCCCCAGCAGCAAACACUGGAAAAGUCUUUUUUCUCUCUCUCUCCUCUCUCCCACCCCUUAAUUUUAACGUUGUGGCAACUGAGUGUCCCUGCGUGCCUGCGUGUGAGUGUGCGGGGCGGCAGUGCCGUUCCGGAGGCCUGGCCCAUCGGGAGUUUUGUGAGGGGUGAGGGGACCAGAGCAGUGGGACCCGUGUUGGGCGUUGGCCCCUCUCCCCCAUCCUGGGGCCAGGGACUGCCGGGGUAACCAGCUGGGGUCCUGCCCUCUGCCUCCCCUCAUUGUUCCCCCCACUCAUACCCUUUCUCUAUGAACGUAAAAGGAAAACCACUUGGCUCCAUCUCUCUUCCCCUCCCUUGUGGAGGGGGAUUGUGCUGGCUGGGGCAGAGAACUGAGCACCUGAGCCUGGGGCUGGCUCCCCGGGGUCCCUGACUCAGCUGAGAGCCCCCUCCCUGUAACCUCUGAGAAGCCAGUGCCUGCGGUGUCUGGGUCCCUGGAGCCUGGGCUGCAGCCUGGGAAGGCUGAGAGGCAGAUGGCAGCGCCCACCAGCUCCUCUCCCCGUCCCACCUCUGUCCCAGGGGCCAGGCUCUACCUGUGUGGUGGUGGUGGGCUGACUGUCAAGAUGUGUGUCAUGUACAUUUGUAUCAAAAAUAAAUAAAUGACCAUG